UCAAACUCCUCUGGGCUACAGAGCGGAAAGUGUUUGUCUUGUUUCUGUCGUUGUUGCCCUUUGCCCUUUCCUCCUAUUAUUCAGGACAGAAUUGUUUAUUUCUGGAAGUUUCAUUUUAAAAGUUAUGAUUUUAUUUUUUUGCCCGCAUGAAGUGCCAAGAUGCUCAGUCAAACCGCUGCUUUGAAAGGAUUAUACUGAGGACAAAGUGUUGGAUAUCGCUGGAUGUUUGAAUAUAAAAGAAAGGUUUUCAUAUUUCCAUUGGACACCUGUUCUUUUGAUGCCAAAAAGAGUUGCUGGACAUCAACUUGACUUCAAUUAGGUUUGAUGAGCUUUGAUGCUUGCAAUUACUGGACAAAAGACUGCAUGUGCAACUAGCCUAUGUGCUUUUUCCUUUAAAGCUCACUUUCGAAAUCAACCUCUCUCUCACCUACAGUGACUUACAUUGAAAGCAGGAGCAGAACAAGUUUGGCUCUAUAAUUUUACCGCAUUUCCUUCAGGAGUUUAAACAUCAUCUGAAGCUGUAGACGCUCCUGAGCCGCUCUUUCAUUGAUAACGUGGUGGUGACAAGUUCUUCCGAGGGAUGUUUCUGGGCUCCCGAGAACAAGGAGCGACAGCCCGGCUCCUGCAGUGGACCUUCGCCUCGUCCUGGUGCCGGUGCGGCGGAUCUGAGAGGAGAUGAGAGCUGCGGUAUACCACCUCCUCGCCGGCUGCCUCUGCCUGUUGCGCACCGCUGCUGAGGAGUCUCCUCUCCCCCGGGAGCUGCUGGAGCGGCUCUCUCGCAGCGAGAUCCGCAGCAUCAGCGACCUCCAGCGGCUCCUCGAGAUAGACUCCGUAGAAAACGAGGUGAUCGAGGAGACCAAACAUAGCUACCACAAGGACUUCUCUCACAACCCUGACCUGAAGAGAGAACACACACACACCAGAAACAGGAGGAGCACUGUGGUGGAGGAGGCCUUGCCGGCGGGGUGUAAGGUGCGGACAGCGAUUUAUGAGAUCCCCAGGAGCCAGGUGGAUCCCACCUCAGCGAACUUCAUCAUCUGGCCUCCCUGUGUCGAGGUGAAACGCUGCACUGGUUGCUGCAACACCAGCAAUAUGAGAUGCCAGGCAGCCAGAAAGCAUCACCGCACUGUCAAGGUGGCAAAGGUAGAGUAUGUGCGGCGGCGGCCAAAGCUGAGGGAGGUGCAGGUGAGGCUGGAGGAUCACCUGGAGUGCAUGUGCACCAAUAAACGCCACAUCAGCCCAAACUCAAACACAGACAAUGGCAUCAGGUGAAGAGAGAUGGACAGACGGAGGAGUGGAGGACAGGAAGAGGAGGACGACCUGUACCAUAAAACAAGGACAAGCACCUUCAGCCUCUAACAUCUUCAACACAACACCUGACAUCAAGUGAUUGUAAAAAGUUUGAUGGAGUAUAUUUUGGCCAGUGAUGUUUGGGAGGUUUAAUGGAGGAUGACUGACUCAUACGGACCACGACUGUACUUUGAAAGGUUUGUAAAAAAAAAAAACUGAAGAAAACAAAGUUCCAGACACAGAUGUGAACCAAACAGGCAGAUGUGUUCCUCGAUGGAGAAAAGAAGCAGAUGAAAAUGCAGAGCAAUGGCAGAAGUGAGGUGGAUUCUGGGAUAUCAAAGGACUUAUUGUCUGUGUCUUGUUCCUUCUCCAGAUUAUAAACCGCUCAGUGACUUGGAUUAUAAACUGGGUGGAUUCCUUUCUAGAAACAGUGACUGGGAUUUGGGUUUUAUACUCCCAAGAUUUAUUCUUCCUCAGCAAAACACUCACAAACAUGCACGUAUAUCCUCUUAUUUUUAUAACCUCUCAUUUUCUAUCACUGUCUGUUUCUACUUCUGGUAUGUUAUUCACAUAAAGAAUGGAGGGGAAAAGUCCUCCUGACAUGUUACUGAUACUAAUAAACUAUUUAUAUGAAAACAAA